UUUUCAACCAUUUUCGUCUUCUCCCUUUUGUGUGUCUCCAGCUUCUUGUUUCUAUUCCGCUCCUUGUUUUUGUAACCUAGAUCUCACUUCUCGGCUUGUCAAGGAUUUGCAAUGGAUGGUCUCACUCCGAUCAAGGCAACAUCAUUCUCAAGUUUCAUAGGCUAUUAUGAAGAUGAACAGGCCGAGAACACAACAUCAUCAACAGUACCCCCUCCUGUAUUGGUCGCACCGCUUCUAAGCAUUGUUCCAUUCGAUGCUUCCAACAAGGGUUCUUAUGAUGCAGAUGCUGGUCCCAGUACUGGUCCAAUUAAACCAGAACCAUAUGAAGAAACCCACAUCACAAGGGCCGGCCCUAUGUCUGGUCGUCCAAUCAAACCAGAACCAUAUGAUGAAACCUACAUCACAAGAGCCAUCCCUCUUACUGGUCCAGUCAAACCAGAACCAUAUGAUGAAACCCACAUCAUGAAUGCCGGCGGUCCUCUUCCUCUAGUGAUUGCACCACUGCGAAGCGUUAGAUCAAUUUUUGACAUCAACAACUACUCCUACUAUGCGGGUGCUGGUCCAAGUUCUGCUCCAAAAAAACGAGGACGAUGUGAUGAUGAUGAAACGCACCUUCCUCCUCCCUCGGUUAUGAUGCGGUUUGAUGCGGUUAGACGGAGAUUUUGCCAACUAAACCUUCAGAAAUACAUCCUUACAACCGCUGAGGCUAAUUGCAGGACUAUGGGGGUCCAGACUAAUAAGAAAAGGAGGCGUGGUACAGUUCCUGGAGUAGAAAUAGGCGACAUAUUCUAUUUCUGGGGGGAGAUGUGCUUAGUCGGGCUUCAUAGACAAGCGGUCGCUGGCAUUGAUUACCUGACGGUUGAGGAUGGGGAAGUACUACCUCUUGCGUCGAGUGUGGUGUCAUCAGGACAGUACGAUGAUGAUACCAAUCAGCCUGACAUGUUGAUCUAUUCUGGACAUGGCGGAUCCAAGAACGAUGUACCUCAAGAUCAAGUUAUGGAAAGAGGAAACCUUGCACUGCAAAGAAGUUUGAUGACUGACGUUAGAGUCAUCCUAGGCAGAAAAGACCCCUACCUUCUGAAAAAGAAGAUAUACAUCUACGAUGGACUUUACACUGUUACUGAUAUCUAUCCUCUGAGAGGGAAAUCCGGUUUCAUCGAAUUCAAGUUUAAAUUGGUGAGGAAGGCGGACCAACCUCGUACUGGUUAUGCAAUGUGGAAAGAAGCUGAAAGGUUGAGGACGCUGAACAUGAGUGCCUCUAGGAAGGGUUCUAUACAUGAAGAUUAUUCUUUUGGAAAUGAGCUUUUACCAGUCCCGGUGGUCAACGAAGUGGACGAAGACGACAAAACCAACCCUGACGACUUUGAAUACAUCACAUCUCAGCAUUACACAGAUGAUAUUCCCAUCGAUAGCCAAGCACUUGGAUGCCAGAACUGUCAAGAGGAGUCAUGCACUCAUCUAAGCUGCAUGUGCAUGCAUAAAAACGGAGGCCAGGUACCGUAUCACAAGUCCGUUUUGGUUUGUCGUAAACCAAUGAUUUACGAGUGUGGUGAAGAUUGUGUUUGCCCCAACGACUGCAAAAACCGAUUGGUUCAAAACGGUUUGAAGCUCCACAUGGAAGUGUUCAAGACAAUAAACCGUGGUUGGGGCUUACGUUCUUGGGAUCCAAUCCGAGCCGGAACCUUCAUCUGCGAGUUUGCUGGUGUGAGGAAGACAAAAGAAGCAGUGAAAGAUGAGGAUCACGACUACUUAUUCGACUCAUCUCGGGUUUACCAAAAGUUUAGGUGGAACUACGAACCGGAGCUUGUGUGUGAGAGUAUUUGGGAAAGCGUCCCUGAAGUAUUCAAUCUGCCGACACAAGUCUUGAUAAGCGCCAAGGAAAAAGGGAACGUUGCUCGGUUCAUGAACCACAGCUGCUCGCCCAAUGUUUUCUGGCAGCCUAUUGAGUAUGGUGGGUACGUUCACAUAGGGCUGUUUGCAAAGAAGCAUAUCCUUCCAUUGACAGAGUUAACAUAUGACUAUGGAGUUUCUUCUGUGGAGAAGGUUGGAGAAGAUGAGUUACUUUACAGAGGCAACAAGAUUUGUCUCUGUGGUUCAGACAAGUGUCGUGGCUCCUUCGGCUGAUAUGUACUUUUUUUAUCGUUUGUUUCUUUUGUGAUUUCCUUCUUUUUUAUUUUAUUUCAUCAUUUAAUUUUCUUUGUAUUC